UUUUUUCAGAUCUUUUUAAUAAUUGCAUCGAACGAAAAUGAACAUGAGCACCUUCUAUGUGCGCUACCCCACAAUGAGCGCACAGUCGCUGCACCAGCAGUCCAUGUACCAUCAGACCUACAUGGAUCGCCAUCGCCAUGUCACCGACGUGUUUGUGCAGGAGCAAUACUCGCAGCGGGAGUUCUACGCCCACAAUAUGCAGUCAGCAGGGUACUUGCCUCCGCCGUUUACGCCGUAUACGCCACGCCCAUCACCAGCCACGUCCUAUGAAGCGCUCUCAAGUCAGUUGGCCGCCUUUAGGCCGGCCCCGCCAGUCAGUUAUUAUUCGGGUAUUCGGGUCAAUUCGGCCGGGUGGCACUCUUCGAGUGGCCGUUUUAUGUAUCAUCCAGAGCCACGUGCUGCCCAUCACUAUCCGACGGCGCACAGGGGUGUGCCAACCAGCUAUGGGGAAUCCUAUUCAUCCGAUUCCAGUGAGUCGCCACCGCCGAUUUACUACAUGGAAAGUGGAACGCAAACGAUGCCCAUCCAGUGUGCAGAUGCAGCCACACAGUCCAACAUGGACCUGGAUGAGCACGACAAUUCUGAAGCCUCAAACUUCAUAUCGAUGGAGCGUUGGGCUGUGAAUUUUAUACGUGGACUGUCUGAGGGCCAAGGCGAGCGUCGCAACUCGGAGAUGAAAUUGCCCGAAGCGCAUUUGAAAGUCAUCUUUCAGCUGGCCUUGGAUGGCAGCGACAUAUCCGAGCGUGUGGCCCAAGUUCACUGCAAUCGUCCGUGCUUCAAGAAGAUCGACACACUGUGCGCUCGCCUCAAGCAGGAUCUGUGCCGCCUGGAUGGUGUCCAGGCCAACAUCAAUUCGCAGGGCAUUGCCUGGGCUGUCAAGGAUUUCAUUUUCCUGUUUACACGCAUCCUCAACGCUUGGACCAUACUGAAGAGUUACGUGUACAAUCAGGCGGAGGGCAUUAGGAAAAUAAUUGAUCAAUUGCCAGUGGGAUUUAUGCAGGUGUUUAAUACCUGGCAACUGGCCUGCAUACCCAUGAUUGAUAUGAUCAUUCAGUCGAUUGUCAGACUCGAUGCGUGUGCGCGUCCACACAAGACUUAUUCGGCCAAUGGUGGAGGCAGCGGCAACGGCGGCGGUGAUAAUAAUGCUGGAAAUCGCAGCCCACCUGAUGCUGGCACAGCUCAUACCCCUCGCAAUCGUCGUAGCCCGUGUGCUGGCAAUCGUGGCAGCCAUAGCCCAACAAAUGGCAAUCGUGGCAGACCUAGUCCGUGUGACCAUCAUGGCUGCGACUUGAGCAGCCCACCCGAUCAGGUGGCGGGAGCUGGCGAGCAACUGCAGGCAGGCGGAGCGAAGGACAAGCCGCAUUGCUGUCAGAAUCUCAUUGAUUUGUACACCAUGAUCGAGAACUCGGAGGACACGCAGCGACAUGUGGAUGCCAGCGGCACGUACCUGAGGACGGGCACCUAUCAGCCGCUGCAGAAGGAGCAAAGGAAGGAGCCACAGCAGCAGGGACCCGAAGCUGCCUGCAAGCCAAAGCCCAUUGCCGAAUAUGAAUCUUAUUUGUUUGGCUAUGAUGAGGCGCAGGUACCGUCGCAGCUGCCGCCGUUUGUGAAUGAAAACGCUGAUGAUCCCGGCAAGCUCAUGCCAGAUCUGCGCGAGAAUGGCAAGUCCCAGCCCAUGCUGGAAUUCGAUCCGUAUGUGCCCUGCUAUGGUCCCAAUCCCACGAAGCCGCCCGAGCGGACACCAGAGCUAGAGACUUGUGAGUUGAUGGACACCAUGGUGCAGACCGAUGAGACACCUUGGAAGGGCAAUGCCAUGCAGGGAUUUUAUCCCACUCCACCAAACAACAUGUCCCCACGCGGCAGCAUAUUACCACACGGCAACAUGUAUACACACAGCAACAUGUCUCCAACCAGCAGCAUGUCUCCACCCAGCAACAUGUUUCCAAUCGGCAACGACACGACAGAGACCAAAUAUUUAAGCCCGGAAAAGAAUGAAAUGGACACCAAAGCACACAAUCAGCUGCUGGAGUAUCUGGAGCCAUAUGCCGCCAUGCUGGGCUCCACAUCAAGUACUGUCGAGAAUAUAAAGAAAUUCAUGAAUCCCUACAGUGCCAUCAAUGUCGAGGUGGCACGUCAACUAAUCGAGCUCAAGGAACGUAUCCUCGAGCUGCAGAACGUGGCGCAUUUCUUUCAAAAACAAUUUACAAUGAACUAUUACCCCGACUUUUAUCAACGCUGCAAUGCUUAUUUUAUUGAUCUGCGAGCGAUUAUACUGAAGUGCGAGAGUGGAACGUAUCAUCAUGCCUAUCAGGCGGUGCACGAUCUGCGACGCAUUGUGUUUGUGGCACGCUGCUAUCUGAAGGUUUAUUUCAACAAAAAGCUCAGCGACUACAUCGACUUGUACGAGUUUUCACUGGGCGAAAUGUUGUCCAAGCCACCGCAUAAGCCCCAUGAGCAUGAUCACAUCAUUGGCGAGCCCGGCGAGACGAUUUUCAACUACGACCUCUUGUAAAUCGCUUAGAGAACAGCCGUGGAUGUGGAAGUUGCAACGUUAAACAUUCGAAUUUAUUGUUUUAGUUUUAGUUUUUAUUGGCUGUCGGAUUGGAUCCAUUUGUGUGCCUUUUAAACUUGUAUGUGAAUUUUUUGUUGGUUUCUUAGAAAAGCAGGAGCAGAACUUAAAGUUAAUUCAAAUUAAUAGUUCCUUGAGUUGAUGCGUUGAUUCAUCAUUAGCAAACGUUUCUCCACAGAACACUUAAAUAUUUAAUGUAAAUUUGUACAUUUUUGUUUUGGUUAUUUAAAGUUAA